AUGAAAAGUGCUGACUUUAAUCCGUUCUCUUGGGACAAUAGCAGCAAGAAAGUCCAGUCCAGUGUCAUUAGCCUCGAGCUUCAAACGGAAAAUGCAACAAGACUGAAUGUUUCAAACCUCGACGAUUAUAUUGAAAUAGUUAUACCUAUUUCCCCCCCUCCUUCAAAUACCAGCAACGGAUCAGAGCAUUAUUUUCUAAAGCCAAACAAAUUGACUGUGAGGAGGUAUUACGCAGACCUAGCAGAUGUACCUGUUUCCAUCAGGCUGGGAGUGGCAAAAGAGGAGACAUUAGUUAAGAUACUUGUGAAAUUUGCGUCAAGACCUACCACAGAGGACUCUGACCUCAACUUUACGCUAAAGCUCACGUCAAAGUGCGGAAAUGUGACAAAGAGCGAGGCCAAAGAAACUUUGUGUAUUCCAGAAGAGAGAAUAAUUACCGUACUUCCUACCGAACCAAGUCACAUUUACAUAGGUUUAUUAUUGGAAGAAUCGAAAAAUGCAAGCAAAAAUUCCAGAGAGAAACGGUCAUGCUUCGGGCAUGGUCGCCAGAGACGAUCAUGCGUUGGCGUCAAAGAUCCACCUCCGAAAGGGAUCCUUCAGACGAUUUUACCUCAAUAUAACCCACAAACUGAUGUCAACUAUACGUUGACCAUAACCCAGUCAAGUUGUUUGUAUUGGUCUGAAGAGGAGGAAAAAUGGACAUCCGAUGGUUGCAAAGUAAGUAUGAAUCCAGUUAUGAUUUCAAAUAAUGACUUAUAAAGGGAGAACCGACCACAUUAUCCUACAAAGUGAGCUAAAUUUCGGUACGAAAUCUAUAAACAUGUACUGAUGGCACCUAUUUCUUAUAUUUCCUUGGCAGGUCGACGUGGGCUCUAACACCACGCAUCUCAAAUGCCUCUGCAACCAUCUGACGUCUUUCGGCGGAAACUUCAUUCAAGCUCCCAAUCCCAUUGACUUCGACAAAGUUUUCACGGAGUUUGCGCGACUUAGCGAGUCGGGCAACAUUUCAGUGCUCGUGACAAUUGCAUUUGCGUUCCUUAUUUACUUUGUAGCUCUUAUAUUUGCAAGGAGGGCUGACAAAAGAGAUCAAAGCAAGGUAUGCAUUUAAAUUUUGCAUGUAAUAUUUACGCACAAAUCAUCCUGCAGUAGUAAUACAGUUAAGAGCUUACGAUGAGAAAAUCAGUAGUCUCGCGUUCUUUCUUCCUUUCUUUUCUUUUCUCAUUACGCUGUGUACCAAAGUGCAGCUUCUUCUUUACGCUUAUCUCUUUAUUGCCCUUAAAUCCAAAGAUAUUGAAGAUUCUGUCAAGCGAUGUGAACGGAAAUUAAACUGUCUUUUAUGUAGCUGUUUUCGCUGGACAUUUUAAUAGUUUGGGUGUGGAAAAUAAUACAAAGUUGUAUCUCCCAGUAUCAGCUCAAUGAUGUAACUAUUUUUAUGGGGCCACCACCGGGUAAACAAGGUAAAUUGUUGUAAUUACUUGUUUUCGCAGAUUUUCCCACCGCCACAGAUAAAUCUUGUUGAAGAAGGAACGUACUACUACGACAUGGUUAUCAGCACUGGUGUUUGGAGAGACUCAGCUACAACGGCAAACGUAACGAUGAGCAUAAAAGGAGACAACAAUGAACAUGAUCUCAUCACUCUUCAAAAACAUGGUGAUUUACAGGAAGUUUUUAGUCGAGGAAGUAUAAAUGGUUUUGUUCUGGUUACAAACGAGUCAUUAGGAAAUCUAAACGAAAUAACUUUGGAACACGAUAAUUCAGGAGAAAGUCCAUCUUGGUUUGUAGAAACAGUGGUAAUCAGAGACAGACAAACAGAAGAACGCUGGGUGUUCCCCAUAAAUAGAUGGCUCGCACUCGAAAAAAAGACGAUGGGCAAAUAG